UCACCUCACUCCUGCACGGGCGUUCAUUCCACCCACAGCGAGCAUCGCUUUCCCAAAACGCAUACACAGCUUUACGCACGACUAUGUGACCGCAGUGGAGCGACUUCACUCGUGGAGCAUUGGAUUGUAAACUCUGCUGUGAUAUUUACGAAACUCCAUUUGCCCGUCGGGGAAAUCUGAAGCACCCAUCACAAUGACGGGCUUCCUAUUUGGGGCGAUUCGUUCAUACAGGUACGGUGCCUUAUGUGGGUUUGACUCUAAUGGUACUGAUCUUGAGCGUUACGCACGAAAUACCUCUGCGCGUUAGUGGAAACCAGAUCAGCGCACCCGGGGUUAGCUGUUUUGGGACAGAACAGGGUGCGAAAGAACCAACAUGAUACGAAAUAACAAAAUUGAGCCGGAAUGGAUUUAACCCACUAUAAUCGGUCGGUGGAAAACGUCUCCAACGAUGAGAACACCACGGACGCAGCGUUUGCAUUUCCACAUACGAUUUCAGCCACUGCGCUCAUCAUCGUGGUUGUUUCUGUGAUAAUUCUGGUGACUAUUGUGGGUAACGUGUUGGUGAUUGUAGCGGUGCUGACCAGCCGGGCUCUCCGUCCGCCCCAGAACCUUUUCCUGGUCUCCCUGGCUUCAGCGGACAUCCUGGUGGCCACGCUGGUCAUCCCAUUCUCGCUCGCCAAUGAGGUCAUGGGAUACUGGUACUUUGGGAGUACUUGGUGCGCUUUUUAUUUGGCCCUGGACGUCUUGUUCUGCACCUCCUCCAUAGUGCACCUGUGCGCUAUCAGCCUGGACCGCUACUGGUCUGUGACUAAGGCGGUCAGUUACAACCUGAAGCGGACACCUAAGCGCAUUAAGUCCAUGAUCGCCAUAGUGUGGAUAAUAUCUGCUGUCAUAUCCUUCCCUCCUCUCCUCAUGACCAAACACGCCGAGCGGGAGUGUUUGUUGAACGAUGAGACCUGGUACAUACUCUCCUCCUGCUUGGUGUCCUUCUUUGCUCCGGGUCUUAUCAUGAUUCUGGUUUACUGCAAGAUAUAUAAGGUGGCCAAGCAGCGCUCCUCCACCGUGUUCGUGGCUAAAAACGGACUGGAAAGACAGCCGUCUCAGUCAGAGACCUGCUUCGUCCCGAAACAGGACCGGUUCGAGAUGGAGAGCCCCAGCAGCCAGAGUUCCGGCAGCAACCAUCCGAGGCAAGGUGAGUUGGAUGACAUCGACCUGGAGGAGAGCUGCUGCGCGUCGGAUACCAAACCACGCAAUCACCGCUUCACCAAGAGGAGAAAAGUGGAAGGAUCGGACUGCUGCCCUCCCCAGAACUGCCGCCUCUCUUGGGCUUCAGCCCGGGCGUUACAGCUCUACCCGGAGCAGAAGAACCAGGCUCGGAGGCAACAGUUGGCAGCAGCCAACAAAACUAAAGUGGCCCAGAUGCGGGAGAAACGUUUCACUUUCGUCCUGGCUGUAGUAAUGGGGGUGUUUGUACUCUGCUGGUUCCCUUUUUUCUUCACCUAUAGCCUACAUGCUAUCUGCAGAGACAGCUGCUACAUCCCUGGGGCACUUUUUAACCUCUUUUUUUGGAUUGGAUACUGCAACAGCUCUGUGAAUCCAAUCAUUUACACUAUUUUCAACAGGGAUUUCAGGAAAGCAUUCAAAAAAAUCAUAUGCAGGACUUCAAAACGCACAUAAACCCGAAGAGGGUUCCUUGGACUGAUAUUUAGUUUGGCCUCAUUCACUCAGCUGUGCUGAGAAGGAAGGAACUAUUGGAACUCAUUUCAUGGCUGACUGUUUUCCCUUCAAAAAAACAUUUGACUUUAACUACUGUUGUAUGGGGAAAAAAGCAGUGUUGUGUAAAAAUACAUUAAAAAGUCUAUGAAUAAAUUGUAAAUUUGAGCAAAACAAAAAAGACAAAUCAUUUUCCUUUUUAGGUGAUGCAAAUAUGGUCUUAGAUAAAAAAAAAAAAAAUGGAAACAGUUGUGCAACUUGAGAUAUAAAAGUUACAAUAUAUAGGUCAGUGUAUAAUGUGUCCUGCAAACCUGAUCCUAUGAACAAGAAAUCCCUGUAAUGGACUGGACUAAUAUUUUAUUCUGCAGCAAGCAGAGGGAAAAAAGCUACUCCAGAGUGAAAUUGAAUGUGGCUGGCUUCCCGUGGUGGAGGCUGGUUCAAAGUGGGUGUUUUGUGUUGGGAUAUAAAGAAGAUUGAUCCGCUUCAUCUAUAAGAUAUGAGCAGAGGGAUA